AUGGUUUAUCCAGCUAUCGAAGUCACCGUCGUCACUGUUGGAAAUCGCACGAUUGAAGAUGAAUCAACAGAGGAUGGACAGAAGUAUAUGAAGGCAUUUCACGCAGCAGCAACAACUAUUCCUGGGUGCUCCCGUGGAUGUUGGGGCAGAAGCGAUAAAUACCCAGACAAAGUUAUUCAUUUUAUCGACUAUGAUACGCGCAAACAUCAUGAUGUUCAUAAAGCACUUAUUAAUGGACCUACACCACCAAUUCUUCUGGAUGUCCAAAGCAAUGAGACCGUCUACGUUAUUCACCCAAAUACGAAUGAUCGCAACAAGGUUUAUUAUGCUCCAUAUACUACAGUUACUUUCUUUUGGGGAAUUGAAGAAGAUAAAUGGACCGAUGCUGCACCAGAAUUUUUUGCUGCUGUAGCUAAAUCCGAUGGCUGCACUGGGUAUAUAUGGGGUGAAGUAGAUAAGCCUAUUCUCUCCGACUUUGACGGAUAUGCUUCGUUGGGUAGCGGGAAGUGUGGAGUUUUAAUCACUGGUUGGCGCAGCAAAGGUCAGCACGAUCGCGAUAUAAAGAGUGAGCGAGUUGUCAAUGCUUGGGAAGCAGUUGGCCGAUGCUGUGCCAAGGCAGACGAUUGGGGCACGAGCUUGAGGAUCACUGAGAAUACCGGUCAUAUUCACCGAUGGACUACACCUUUGCCAUUGAAGGAUCGUUCUGACUGGCUUCCGGCGGCUGGGAUGAUUUAAUCCAGAUAGUUUUACUAUUGAGACCAAGUAUAUAGGAUUAUGAGAAUAUGAAAGGC